AUAUCGAUUGAAAUACAACGGUCUGUACUCUGCAAAGCCGAGGCACCGCCAAGUUAUUGAUCGAAAUGUCCAACGAAGUCUAAUGAUAGGAUCAGAAAGAAAACAUGGCGUACUGGAAAUCUAUCUGUACUUCCUUCAUGGUUCUCAUCGUUUUGUUUCCCAAAACGGAUGCAACCGAGGUACUACAGUUCUGUUCCUUCUUUGGAAACCGUGGACCAAAACCCCAAUCAAAUCUCCGCAAUUGUUCUUGGUUUCAAACGAACUCCUGCUGUAUGCAAGAAGAGAUCGAUGCAACAUUUGGGAAAGUGAAACCGUUAAUAGGUGCAUCUCCGGCUUGUCAAAGAUACACCAACUAUCUGAUGUGUUAUAUUUGUGCCCCGUAUCAAAACAGGUUCUACAAGUUUGAGAGACUGACGGUAUGCGAGGAAUUCUGUGAUGAUUGGUUCGGGGCGUGCAGCUCAGCCAUUCUGAAGGGUGUUGUGAUCAAGGAUUUAUACAACAACGGGAAAGCGUUCUGCAAGGGCCGUUCUUUCGAAGUGGAUAUGUACGCGAACCAGAGGUGCUACAACUUUGACUCUAAACUAGACAAAACGAGCAUUGGGAGCAGCGCCAUUGUUGGUAUCGAGUUGUUUUGUGGUCUUUUAGGAUUAGCGUGGAUUUUAAAUAGGACUUGUUAUUGAUUACCUAGUUUGUAUAUCGCUUAAAACAUCGAAUAUUGACUUUGCUUUUAAUUAGACUUGCACAUUUAAGAUGCCAAAUGUUAUAUAGUUUUUAUUUCAAUUAUAACGAACUGAUAUUAUUAUUAUUAUUAGACAUAGUGAUCAGAAUAUAAUUUUGUAGCAAUGUUAGCCUUUUCACAUUUUUGUGAAACAGAAAUUUUAUACUGUUAAUAAUAAACUAAUUUUGUAUAAA